AUGGCUUCCUCACAGCCCUACUACACUCUCGCAGAAGGUGUCCCUCUGCCGCGUAACGGCACUGUUCAACAGUUGUCGACAGGGUCAGGGGGUGGCCAUGUCCUCCUCACCAGCACACAACUCAUCGAGAACUUGGCUCAUUUCUCUCGAGAACGAAUCCCGGAACGUACAGUCCACGCAAAGGCUUCGGCUGCCCGAGGCUAUUACGAGGUAACGGAUGAUGUCUCAGACAUAACUGACGCCGAUUUCCUCACCGGGAUCGGCAAGAAGUGUGAGGUCUUGAUGAGAAUCUCCACGGUCGGUCCUGAGCGUGGGUCUGCGGACACCGUUCGAGACUUCCGUGGGUUUGCCGUCAAGUUCAAAACCAACGAGGGCAACCAGGACUUUGUGUUUAACAACCAGCCCGUGUUCUUCAUCCGCGACCCUGUCAAAUUUCCCUCGGUGAAUCGAAGCCACAAGAGGCACCCAACUACGAAUGCGUCAAACGCCGAUAUGUUUUGGGACUUUCAUGUCAACAACCAGGAGAGUAUCCAUGCCCUGAUGUUCUUAUUUGGCGAUAGAGGACUCCCGUCAUCCGUGCGUCAUGUCAACGGCUACAGCGGCAACACCUACAUGUUCACAAAAGACGACGGUGCCUCAUACGUGUAUGUACGGGUUACAUUGAAGACCAAUCAAGGAAUCCACUACUACACCAACGCCGAGGGGGCCAAAAUAGCCGGUACAGAACCAGACAAGCAUAUCCUAGACCUCCAGGAUGCCAUCAAAGCCGGAGACUUUCCGUCCUGGGACGUGUACGUCCAAGUGAUCCGCCCCGAAGAUGUCGAGAAGGCUCCUGUCAACAUCUUCGACAUGACCAAGGUGUGGCCCAAGAAGCUCUACCCGUUGCGAAAGAUGGGUCGCGUCACUCUUGACACCAAUCCCAAGAAUUGGUUCGCCGAAGUCGAACAGGCUGCCUUCUCUCCAAGCAACAUGGUUCCAGGGAUUGGCCCUAGCCCUGACCCGAUGCUGCAGGCCAGAAUGUUUGCCUAUCCAGAUGCAGCACGGUAUCGACUAGGUGUCAACUAUCAGUUUCUCCCGACCAACGCCGCAAUCAGCAAAGUCUACUGCCCGAUUGAGCGCGAUGGCUUGAUGAAUUUCACCCUGAACUACGGCGGAGAUCCAAACUAUAUCGGCACACAGCUCAAGCCCAACAGGUUUACUGUACGAACCAGCUCGCAACCCAAGAGCGAAGUCGAGGCGUUAUCAACACGGCCCAAGACGAAGACAGCGGACCAAGUUCAAGUCGCGUUGCCUGUUUCGGCAUUCACGGAAGUCACAGAGAAAGAUUUCGAACAGCCAAUUGCCCUGUGGAAGAUCAUGGGCACACAAGACGGCGCUCAAGAUCGCUUCAUCAACAACUUGGCGGGACAUGUGAGUGGCGUUGAGGCCAAGUGGAUCAGGCAGGCGGUCUACGAGAUGUUCUCGAAGGUCGAUAAGGAGCUGGGCAAGAAGGUUGAAGAAGUGACAGAAGCGAAAAUUGCCGGGGAUCAUGCGCAUAUCCAUAAGACUGCAUGGCACUAG